AUGUGAUUUUAACGAGAAUUGUACAAUUGACAUUGUUUGUCGCAAAUUCUGUCAAAAAUGCAGACUAAAUAAAUGUUAUUCUAUGGGCAUGAGAAAGUCUUACCACAUAAAUGGUUUGAUGAAAGCAAACAAAUGAGACCAAAGUCCGACCACAACGUGACAUAUGUCUUGAGACCGAUCAUGGAUUACAGGAAUAAUUUCAAUGAAUUAGAAGGCAUUAAAUUCACGGAAUUACUGAAUGCAUCAAAUGAAUUGUCCACUGGUUUUACACGUAUGGGUGGGACUCACGAGGUGUGGACAGUUAUUGAUAGCGGGACCGAGAUGUUGAAAAUAUGGGCCUCAAAAGUAGAGGAGGGUAUCCACCAAGUGGUCAAAUUGGGCCAACACUUGGGCUCAUUUAAUAAUUUUUGUGAGGCCGACAAAUUAUUGCUACUAAAACACGGCUCCAUUCAUAACCACAAAAACACGAUUUUUAGUCUGGAUUUAUUGGAGUCCAAACUUUCAAAACCCGAUCGCUACGAAUUACAAAGGUCAUUUUUGUGUACAUUUCAAUUUGACUGGGACUCCGAUGUAGUUAUCAUGAAUUUGAUGACGGCGAUUAUCUUUUUUAGUCCCAAUCACCCGAAUCUCUGUCAUAGAGAUGUUGUCGAUAUUUUGAACAUAAAGGAAGACAUUAAGAAAGAUGUAUAA